AACGGCAAUGACGUCACCAGCGAGGCUCAGUUCGCGUAGUUCACCUGAUGAGCGUACAUCUUCAAACAGUAAAAAUGCCAGGUGGAUCAACUCUUCGGCAGUGCACCCAUUGCCUGGAAAAAAUCAAUUGUGCCAAUCGAAGAUGCACCAAGUGUGGGAAGCUGCUGGACAUGAAGUCCAGGCAGGCGGCCCGUAUAAAUGCAUUCCGGACCAGAGCCAAGGAAUGGGCACAAAAUGUCAAAAAGUCCCACAAUCAGGCAAAAAUCUUUGACAACAGUGCCCUGCUGGUGGAGAAAAUGAAGGCCCUUGGGUACUUUCCCCUCCUGCUAUGGGGAAAGUACAGACCGCAAAAUAAAAAGUGGGUGGCCCAGUUCCAAUGCCCAUUUGAGCUGCCAGUGGUAGUGGAUGCGGUCCUGGAGAAGAUAGUGUGGCUAUUUGAAGGUUUAUUAGAAGCAUGUGAUCCUGAAAGAGUGGAGUUGGGGCAGCAAGAGAGGACAGGAGAAGAUGAGGCAGAAAGAGAAAUAGAUGACGAAGACCAGAGAGGACAAGGGGAGCAGCGUGAAAUAGGACAGACUGAGAGGAGGGACAUGCAGGAGAUGGAGAUAGAGGCCCAGGAAGACAGAGGAGAGAGUGAGAGAGUGGAGAGAGGAGAGAUGGAGGGACAGAAAGACUUAGAAGAGCUGGGACUGAUGGACACAGAAGAGAUGGAGGCAGACGAGAAGAGAGAACAGACAGAGGAAGUGGGAAAAAAAGAGAUUGAGGCGAAGAAGAAAGUAGUAGCAGCAAACAGGCGAUGUGAAGAAGCCGAAGAUUCUGAAGAUAAAACUUCAGGUCCUUCCUCACCCAGAACGGCCUCUUUGACAGCGAUGAGCCCUUUCAAUUCAAUGCCCCUUUCACAGUCUGCUUCUAGCCCCUCGGACAGCAUGCCAGUGAUUUCAAAGGUCAUGUCAAUCUCCACUCCUAAAAGAACAAAGAGAAGUCCAGGUUUAUCCCAGAGCCAAACUGUAAAAAGAGCAAGAACAUUACAUGACUACUGUAGCAACACACCAGGUAGUCCAUCAACAUCUGCAGCUACAUCAGCUUUCAUAACCUCACCUUUGGCGGCAGACAAUGAUGGCAAUAAAGUUGAUGAAAACAAUGUAGAGAGCAGUGACGACGACAAUGUUGUUAUUGAGGAGACCCACAGCACGCCAAGACCCAAACCCUUUGACCUUUCUAAGGUGAAGAUGGAAGAAAAGACCAACGAUGAUGCACCAGGAUUAUAUAUUGAGUCCAGUGAUCAUGGUUCCAUAAAAACUGAAACUGAAAACACCAGAAAGGAAAGGAUGCAAGCAUCGACUUUCAAUGACCAAACAAGCAUAAAAACCCAAACAGAACGUUUGAUUUUAAAGGCGGAGAAAUACGAGCAGAUAAGAAAGGAAGAAGUUGAGCUCAAGAAGGAGGAGAUUGAGAGUGAUGUGAGAAGGAUGGAACAGAGCACUAAUGAGGUGGAAAGUAGGAUAAGAAACAAUACAGAAAUAAUCAAAGGCCCCAUGGAAGUUGAGAGAUGUAGUAGCAUAGAAGUUUCCAGACUAAAUCUUAAAAAACUAGAGGAGAUACCUAAGGAGAAUAAGAUCAGUUUUGAACAAAAUGAAAAUUCAAAUGUAGAAAACCAGGAAGGAAUGUCAUAUAUAACACACUUUAACACUUUCUACGUACAAACCACCCACUGCAUCAAAGAGGUUAUGAAAGAGAGGGAUGAGUUAAAAAUUAAACAUGAGGUGUUGUUGCAAAUCAAAGUUGAGAAAGAAGCACAGGACAAGGUGUGUUGUGACUGGUUGAAAGCUGAGGGGGAGGAACACUCAUCAACAACAAAUGAAAAUGUAAAUGACGAAGUGGCUCUUCAAAUGGACUUGCUUCAAAGGGAGCUGGACAAGCGCAACAAUGAAUGCAAUGAACUGAGAAGAAAGUUGGAGAGCUUGGAGCAGGAGAACGUCUGUGAGCUGUUGCAGAAGGAAAUAGAAGAGCUGAGGAAACAAAGAGAGGAGUGGAGCAAUGCAAGAGAGCAAGAGACUCUGAAGGACAGUAACACCAGUUCAGAACAAACAUGCAGAGCAAGCACGGCUGCGAACCUUGAGAAUGGGAUCAAAAAGGAAGGAGAGAGCAGUGAAAGACCUGUGGAUGGAGAGAACACAGUGACAUUGGCCAAGUUGAGGGAACUGAGGUGCAGCAUCGCCCGUUUAUUGGUCACUUUUGUUCCUGCCCUGUACCUCGACCUCGACCAAGUGAACUAUGACUGUGAGGUCAUAGAUGAGAUUUUAAAUCAGGUCAUACAGGAUAUUUACCCUGCUGAGACCACCUUUACUUAAAACCAGAUGCCAAAAUGUUAGCCUAGGUUAUUGUUUUGUGCAUGGAGACCAAAUACUAUUAAAUUAAGUUUUAUUUAUUUACAUGUUUUCCUGAUUAACACUUGCAGUUCUUUGGGUAAGUUUUACAUUCUUUUAUACAUUCUUGUUCUUUUGGUUAUUGGAAUAGAAAUAAGUUGUUUCAAGAAUAACAUUUGACCUUUUUGUCACAAAGACUUAUAAAGCUUACAAAUGUUGUGCCAUUUCA